CUACAUCACAGACUACCUAACCCCCUAUUCUAUGUGCAGGUCCCUCAAAAUCAUAUAAAAUAAUAUAAUAAUACAUAUAAUCAAGGGGUUUUAGCCAGUAUUGUCCAGGAUGGUCUGACCCCAUCCUACAUCGCGACCUCUUAACCCCCUAUUCUACGCCCAGGUCCCUCAAAAUUACACAACAUAAUAUAAUGAUACAUACAAUUAAGGGGUUUAAUCCAGUAUUAUCCAGGAUGGUCUGCACCCAUCCUACAUCGCAAACCUCCUAACCUCCAUUUCUACGCCAAGGUCACUCAAAGUUACACAACAUUAUAUAAUGAUACAUAUGAUUAAGGGGUUUUAUCCGGUAUUAUCCAGGAUGGUCUGACCCCAUCCUACAUUGCAGACCACCUAACCCCCUGUUAUCCAGGAUGGUCUGGCCCCAUCCUACAUCAUUGACCUCUUAACCCCCUAUUCUACACCCAGGUCCCUCAAAAUUAUACAACAUAAUAUAGUGAUACAUAUCAUUAAAGGGUUUUAUCCAUUAUUAUCCAGGAUGGUCUGACCCCAUCCUACAUCGCAGACCUCCUAACCCCCUAUUCUACGCCAAGGUCCCUCAAAAUUAUACAACAUAAUAUAGUGAUACAUAUCAUUAAAGGGUUUUAUCCAGUAUUGUCCAGGAUGGUCUGACCCCAUCCUACACUGCAGACCUCCUAACCCCCUGUUAUCCAAGAUGGUCUGACCCCAUCCUACAUCGCAGACCUCCUAACCCCCUAUGCCCAGGUCCCUCAGGUCAGCUGACUUGGGGCUCCUGGCUGUCCUACACUCCAGACUCAAGCUCACAGCAAGUGUCUGACCCCAAACUGUGGAACAGCAUCCUUUCCUCCAGUCAUGUUGCCUCUCAUGUGUUUUUAGCAUUUUAUUCCUCCUGUGCAUCACUUUGGUCAACAUGAGUUGUUUUAUAGAUAAAUUUGAGUUGCACCACCUCACUUUCCACAAACAUCACUUGUUGGCCAGUUGCUUCUGAUUUAAAUACAGCACUAAAACACUUAAGGCACAAUAAAGAAAAAUCCAUUUGCCACGUGUCAUCAAUAAUGCAUCCUCUUCCUACACAUCCACUAAUGCACAAGGCUGCAUUCCAGCACACCAGCUGUCAUCUCACUGUAAUAAAAGGCGCUGUCAGGCUUUUUCAAUGACAUCACAUCCAAGUGCAAGUUUCCAACAUGGCGUCCAGCCGGGUGCCGGAGAGGGAGGUCCAGGAGGAGCCGAGACGCGCUGCGACCGCAAACCCCGACUUGUGCCUCCACAAAUACUCCCUGCUCAUCAUUAUAGGACGGACCGCUCACCUCAGACAGACGGGACACAUCAGCAGGGAGAUUGAACGAGGUAUUCGGUCAUGGGACGUCGACUUAAAAUCCUGUAACCUGAACCUUCAUCUCCAAGAAUUUCUCUCCCAUCACACGGCUUCUUUUAAGGGUGCAGGGCAGAAGUGUCUGCGCUACAGUACCAGAGUGUUGGACACUCAGGUGCUGAUCAGUCCAUUUCAGGAACAGGCUCAUACAGAGGUGUUUGCUCUGCUGUCCAGGGAAUCGGCACAUAAGCUGUUGAUCUUGGCCGGUCAGAGCGUGGAAUACAGCGGUGACCUGCUGUUUCACAAAGGACUGCUCUCACCACACCAACUGAAAGAAAUAACAGGCCAGUUCAUAGAUCAAGAGAGCUCUGCCUCCUCCUCCAAACUCAGCCUGACCCUCAGCUGUCCCAACAUCGGCCAGUGGAGGAAUACCCUCUUGGGAAACCAGCCUCUGCAGGGUCCUUUCACGCUGCACAUCAACCCCCCAGAGGUGCUGCCUGCCAUGGAGGCCCUGGGGGAAUUCACCUCCCUCAUCUCUGGCACCCUUUCCCCUUCAUCUCCUUUCGACCUCCUGCCUCCCCCCACCACUGUUGGUUUUCUCAAGCUGUCCCGCCCCUGCUGCUAUGUGUUCCCUGCCGGCCGCGGUGACUGUGCCUUUUUCGCCGUCAACGGGUUCACUGUGCUGGUGGAUGGCGGCUCGGACUCUCAGGCCUGUUUCUGGAAGCUGGUCCGCCACCUCGACCGAGUAGAUGCAGUUUUGUUGACGCACAUUGGGACGGAGAACCUCCCCGGGGUCAACGUAUUCCUGGAGAGGAAGGUGGCUGAAUUGGAGCUGAGCUCUGAUAUCAAAGAUGACUCAUCUAAGAGGCUCAUCUCCCCAGAGCUUGGAGUUGUGUUCUUUAAUGCCCCCAACAGGUUGCAGGUGGAGGAACAGCCUUGUGUGGACAAUGUACUGAAGAGCACACACCAGGCGGCCCUAACCCUACAGCUGUUAAAGAAGUUAGACAUCCGACCACAGCCAAUGUUUCGACCUCAAGGGGUCCCUAUUGAGCCGCUAACCCUGUUCCAGAAGAUGGGAGUGGGGCAGCUGGAUUUAUACAUCCUCAACCCUGGCAAGAACAACCAAGAGUACCACACAUUCAUGCAAAAUUGGCCUGAUGCAGUGUCCUCAGCAUCCAAAUCCCAAACUCUCCCUCUCAAUGCGCUGGCAUCAGUUGCUGCCCUGCUCGUGUGGCACCCAGCGUGUCCCCAGGAGAAGGUGGUCAGGGUGCUGUUCCCUGGCAUUACCCCACAGGCAAAGCUACUGCAGGGGCUGGAGAAGCUGAAGGGGCUGGCCUUCCUCCAGAAACCCACAGUGACCACAGGGGAUAUGGAGAGGCUGGGUGAGGAGAAAAAGACCAAGAGGACAGAAAGCCAGGACAGCGCCAGGUCACAAGGGAAGGAGUCAACACCUAAACAUGGAAAGGAGCGGGGAGUUAAAGAAGACGGAAAAGAGGUGCUGGUUAGGGAAAAAGGAAAAAUAUUUAAUGGAGUCGCUACAAGAGAUGUUGAUAAAACCAGAGUCAAAGAGACAGGUGUAAAGCAAAAAGCAGCAUUGUCAGAGAAGAAUACAUCGAAGAAAGGAGGAGGGAAGGAUGGGAAAAAGGAGGCUGGAAACAAAGAGGAGAACGGCGUUAUGAGGAACGAUCAGGGUAAAAAGGACGUUCUCCCUUCCAAACCAAAGACUGAAAAUAAAACUAAGCUCAAAAAGGAAGCAAAAAAUGACUCGAAAACAGGGACGAAGAAAACAAAAAAAACAUCAGGAAAGGAGGCGAAUAAUGGUAAGAAGGUAAACACUGAACUGUCUACCAAACCCGAUGCUGGGAGUGGGUUAGAAAACCCAGAGGCAGGGGGUCUUGAUGCAGAGCAGCAGAAUCAAAAACCAGAGAAAGAGUCUGAAGAGAACCCCUGCGGCUCCAAAAUGUCCACCCCUGAGGAUAUGACAGCCGAUUUUCUCAUGCUCCGGGAGGAAAGUGAAAGAGGAGAGGCGCAGGUGGAAACAGCAGAUAAAGGGAAGCUGAACAGCAGUGAGCCAAGCAAUGAAAAGAGCCUUGGGGGUAUGAGUGAGGAGAAGUGUAAUGAAGCUGCUGAUACCCUCGAGGAAGAUGCAGCAGGUGGUGCAGGGAUAAUGGGAGGAGAGAGUGGUGAUAAUGGAGUGCAAGAUAAGACUUGGACUGAAGAGAAAGCAAAUGUGGAGCUGCAAAAAGAACCUGUAGACCAGCCUGGAAAUGCUGCCAAAGCAGCAAAGGUUGUAGGAUUUCCAUCUCCCCUGAACAAGGCGCCAAAGAGUGAGCGCACAGUCCAGCUUGACUUAACCCCGACGGAAUACACUCUCCUGGACGGGGCUUUGAGAAACAGCCCUCCCUCGAGAUCCUCUCCAGAGAACCAGGCCCCCGUCAGCCCAGACGAGGAGACCGUAGAGCCUGCCUCCCCGGAUUCACGGCCCAACAGCGCAGGUCACACUCCUUACUGUCUGUCCCCAGAUGAUGUGUGGUGCAACAGGGCCACUCUGAGCAGGUUACAGGCCCAGAUGGGUAACAUGGACUCCGCUGAUGUCAGCCAGCCAAAUGGAUCAUCCAAGCAAAGCGAGGGGCAGCCCAAAAGCACUCCAGAGAGCCACACACAGCCCAGAGAGCGGCAACUAAGUUUCCUGUCUUUGGGUACAUUUAGAGAGGGAUCUUCAGACCCCUCUCCCUCUCUCACCACCACCACCACCACCACGACACACUCCAUGCCAGCGGAGGUGAGCUCUCCUCAGUCCACAGAAGUCGAUGAAUCACUGUCCAUGUCCUUGGAGCAAGGGCCGACCACUGUGAGCCAGAGAGAGGGGGAUGACAGUGUUCAUACCUCCAAUGGAGGCCAUUUUGCUGGGAUGUCUUUACCACUGAAGAAGCCUCCCAGAUCUUUAGGGCAGGGCUCAGAGAUGGGGCGGCCUCCAGCGCCUACCACGCUUCAUUUUGAGGUGUCAGCUCACGACGUGGAUCUAUGUCUGGUGUCGCCCUGCGAGUUCAAGCACCUCAAACAGCUUGACUCCGGCUCAGGUGCGAGCGAGCCUUCCAGGGGAGCCUUCGCUGUGCAUCAACACGGCAACAACAACAACAACCCCAAGGACACAUCACCAAGUGAGUCAAACGCCCCCAUGUGCACGGAGGACUGCCCGUCCACCACAGCAGAUGGAGUUCUGGACUCAGAUGAGGAGGAGUCGUGUAGUGAGCCAUCCAACUCUCCACACGAUCUCCGGUCCAGUCAGGCGCUGCCCCCGGACCCUCUUCCAGCUCCUCUCAGGGACAGUCCACCCCUGCCCCCACAUCCUGACGCAUCCAUGCCUGUUCCUCAGACCGACGCUGACGCUCACGGGAAGAAAGCAAAAGCAACCGGCAUGCGAGGGAAGAAAACUCUAGCGGUUAUUGAGGCCUCCCAAAAAUCAGGCUCAGGGAAAAGCAGGACAGGGGGCCAGACUGGAGUUGCAAAGGGGAAUGUGUCUUCUACUCGUACACCUUCCUCCAGCACGCGCUCUGCACCAGCAAAAUCCUCACCCAAUCCAGGCUCUAAGUCUACCUCUGCUGGUGAAGUCAGUGUGUACGUGGACCUGGCCUAUAUUCCCUCUGGAGCCUCCUCUCCAACAGUCAGCGUGGACUUCUUCAGAUGCAUUCGCUCCUCCUGUUACAUCAUCAGCGGAGACAGUCCAGAGAAAGAGGAGCUGAUGAGGCAGACGCUGGACGCACUACUGGAUGCCAAGAUGACCUGGACGGACACUAUGCAGGUGACAGUGAUCCCUACCUUCGAGUCGGUGCAGAUGCAGGAGUGGUACCAGCAGACCCUGGACAGACAGAAAGAGCAGGGCAUCACCGUGCUGGGUUCCAACAGCACUGUCGCCAUGCAGGACGAGACCUUUCCUGCCUGCAAGAUAGAGUUUUGAGGCGGACUUAUGGAUGCAGCGAUGGAAGAUGGAGGGUGAAUAUGACAUGUAACAGUGUACAAGGAGAGAUAACAAGAAACAGAAAUUUGAGAAUAUGACGAGAAUCCACUUUCUGCACGACUGGGUAAUGACAUGGGAUGAACACGCCACACCCUUCUGGUUUAUCACUUCUUUGUGGGCUACUUUUGCACCAGAAAGCCCUUAUUUCUCUUUAUCCAAGGAGAGAACACAUUCUUAUUGGGGAGUAUUGCAUGAUUAUUUUUUCCGCAGACCCAUGACCCUGUGUAAAACAGGAGAGGAAAUCACACUGGCUGCAAGAGAAGCAUGUUGCGCUGCAAACAUGUGGAUCCACAUGAGAGCUGACACUGUAGAUUAGGCGAUGUAGUUAGCAUACAUGGGGUUAAAGGCACUGUGUGUAGGCUUGUUUUCUUAAUGCAUUCAGCACUGAAGUGUGAUAGUAGUGUGUGCUAUGUUCAAAGGCCCAUUUUGCUGCUUUUAAUGUUACAUUUACUAAUUAACAUUACUGCUCCAGAUACUCCCAAAUGGCAGGAGUGUGCAAACUUUUGUUUGUGAAAGCAUCGGUCACAUUUCUUUUAUUUACUAAUAUUAUAUUUGUCUGAUUAUUGCAGGAGAUGUUUAUAUCGUAAAAAAGAGAGUCAUACGUUGUACCUUAAAUGAAAUCGCAUUCACAGUGUGUGGUCAGGUGUUUGUUGUGAGCACUGUAAGCAGACAUGAACUGUGCUGCGUGUCGUACCUACGUUUAACUGUUGACCUUGAGAUAUCUGCCCAGCAAACGGACCAGCGUGGUGUGUCUGAUGCAGAGCAAUAAUCUGAGAUUAAUGAAUCUGAGAUUAAUGAAUCUGAGUGUGCAUAACAGACCAGUCAACAGAGAUUAGAGCACCAGAUUAAAUUUAAUAGCAUUACAGCAACCAUCUCAUUAAGAAUGGGGCUGUAAAUGUAAUCCAAUACAAGUGCUUAAAAGCAUACUGAUUAGGAAUCAGACGGCAAAGGCUUUUGUAGAAAUAGAUGUUCACUUGUUAUCUUACUAAAAAUGAAAAAAAAUAAAAAAAACAUUAAAGGGACAGUUCAGAUUUUUUAAAGUGGGGUUGUAAUGGGUUCUUAUCCAUAGCCGGUGUAUUACAUACAGUAGAUGUCUGUCGGUAUGCGCCCAGUUUGGAGAAGCAGGCUGGAGUCGCAGGAGCGAAGCAAUGUACUGCUGUGAAUGGGGGCCAGCAUUAAAAUGUAUUUAGAAAGUACCACCUAAAAAAACAUAUAUAUCAGUUGAAAUGUAUGUUAUAUUGAGAGCAUUUUCACAGCUUCACCUUGCCGUCAGACAGCCCAUUUCGACAUGCUCUCCUCAAAGCCACCAGACUCCAUUGAGAAAAAGAGUAAUUUUAGCCUCGCUGAACACUGGAGCUGCUGGUCUAUCACUACCUUGAUCACAAUAACUUUGUGUUUAUUGUGUGACUUUGGUGAAUCUGAACCAACCCUUUCAAAUGGCAAAGUCACAAAAUAAAACCAACAAACUAACUGAUUGAGGCAGCUGUAGACCAGCAGCUCCUGUGUUCAGCGAUGUUAAAUCGCUGUUUUUCUCAGUGGAGUCUGGCUUUAAAAAUAGUGAUAUAAUGGCUUAAUUUCCCCACUGGAAAUCACUGUCUGACAUUAAGGUAAAGCAGGUAAAUACUCUCAAUGUAGCAUACAAUUAAACUGAUAUGGAUACAUUUUGUUGCUGCCGCCUCCACAGUAGUAGAAUAAUUAGCAUCCAUGUUGAACUCCAGCCUGCUUCUCCAAACUGGGGCAUACCAACUGACAUCUACUGUAUAUAAUAUACUAUCUAUGGAUAAGUUCUCCAUACAACCCCAUUUCAAAAAUGUGAACUAACCCUUGAAAAGCAAUGACAUGUAUUUUGAUUGUGAAUAUGAUGGAUAUGAUCAUACAGUUUAUUGUAGACAAAUAUUUUGCACAGCAUAAAAUCAGCCCAGUCGCCAGAAUAAAAUGUUGGCAUUGUACGUUUCUGCAAACCACGGAUAUGUUACAUUUGUAUAUUUUGUACAAAUGAUGUAGUUCUGAUUACAUUUACAUUAGCUAAGUUUCUCAUUAGGAGGUAUAGGGGAUGGUGGAAAAUGUGAGACCUUGCAAGCAGUUGGGGAAAUGUCCUGACUUGGACGUGGGUAUUUUGAAUCCAGACAUGUUUUCCUAACCCUAACCAAGUGGUUUUUGUACCUCGUCAUAGCCACACAUAAACCACAGUGUCGUCACAACAGAAAAUUUAAAAUUGAAACUUACAGAAAGUUCCAACAUACACUCUACCUAUGAAACAUACAGAUGUACAACCCUGAGUCCAAAAAAGUUGGGAUGCUGUGUAAAAGGUAAAUAAGAACAUAAUGCACCAACUCUUUGAAACCUGUUGCAGGAAUCAAAUUCAAAAUGGGUGUAAAUUUACAAAGAACAAUAAAGUUUAUCAGUUUGAGCAUUAAAUUUAUUUUAUAUACUUAACAGAAUAUAGACUGAAAAUGAUUCGAUGUGGUUUGCAGAAAUGUACAAUGCCAAAAUGUACUUUGGUGCCUUGGUUGCAUAAAAUCAGGCUUUAGUCACAGUGGAUGGUAACGACAGCUUUCCUAGUUGUAGUUUGUAAAUAUAAAUGAAUUAAAAAUCAAAUUUAAUUUAUAUUUGGAACAAUAAUCCUGAAAGGGAAACUGAAAUUACUGAAUUGUUGUGAUUAAAUCGACUACAGUACUAAUACUUUAUUUUAUGGGUCCAUAAUUUAGUUAAAUGUAUAAUAUAUGAAGUUAUAUAUAAAUAAUUUGGUACUACUUUUUGAUUAUUCUAAUUAAUUCCCAGGAUAACAGCACACAGUUUGACAUAUAUGAUGAGGACGUGGGCAGUUCUUUCAAGGAUUUUUUUCCCUGGUAUUAUACAACUGCGUACAACUAACUAACUCGACUGUAUUGUCCGUGUAAUUAUUACCAACUUAAAUGUUUUUCCUAGACUUCCAGGAAAUGAUGAGGACAUUACAAAAAAUAAAGUACACAUGUGUAAUGUAAUAGAUUACAUUGUAAUCUCUCCAGAUCUGUUUAUCCAUAAUUGUUUUCCUUUUUAUUUCCUUUUAUCCCAGUCUAGAUGUCCAAGAACGGAUGUUCAGAUUCUGGUGGGAUGUAAAUCAUCCCAUCGCGACUGAUUAUCUCUGUUUCUGUCUUCAGAGGAUUAGUUCACGCAAAUGUGAAUGUGACGUACAGACUUUCCUAAAAACCAAAGCAUGACAUCACAAAGACACCACCGACUAUUUUCCCCUUCGUUCGAAUGCUGCCUCCAAAUACAGGAAAAAGAUUCAGCAUCUCUAAAUUACUUGGAAAACAUUUUGUAAUUAAAUAAAUGCACAUUUGUUUUAUUUUGUGCUCUCUUUUCUUUUAUUCACACUCUUGAGCAAAAGGCCACCAGAUUAAAUGAUUUAUUGGCCUCGGAGGGGUCGAACUAGAUCUGUAACCAUGGGUAAAAAUGACUUGAACCCCACAGUAGCCAAGUGAAUUGUAACUAUGUGUAUGUGUCCCGCAUGUAUAAAAUACUGUACGUACUGUAUGUUGUUUCAUUCAUGAUAUUCAUGAAGACAGAGAGCAAAGCACUGUGGGAGAGCGGGAUGAACACGAGAACCUUUCACUUUGUAAUUGUCUGUAAGUACAUACAGUAACAAUGUCAAAAUGUGUGGGUUGUAUGAAUA